CUAAACAAGAAAUAGAAGAAGCUACAUUUCUGCAUAGUCUAAAUUGCAAGACCUCCUUAUUACAUGAGCAUAUGGUGGACAAAACUAAGAAGCAAAUUAUGCCACAAGAUUUGUAUAAUGCUUUCAAUGAAACUAAAGAUAAAAAUGCAAAUGACAUUGAAGCUGCUGCACAACUGCUAGAAACUAAAUAUAUAGCAAAAGUCGAAAUUUUAGAGGAAGAUUCACAAUUUCAAGGAAUGUAUUUCUCAACGCCAGAGAUGAAACAAAAUAUGAAGAAAUACCCAGAAGUAAUGUGCAUUGAUUCUACUUACAAAAUUUUCAGCUUAAGAUUUUCUUUAAUGUUUUUUGUCAUCGAAGAUGGCGAAGGGCGUAGUCAUAUUGUAGCAGUAGGAAUUUUAGUUAACGAAUCUCGACCUAUAGUAAAAUGGUUGAUGGAGUGGUUUAAAAAAGAUAAUUUAGAAGCUGUUAAAAAGACACGCGGUUUUAUAACUAACAAGGAUCUAGUUGAGAGAUCUGUUAUUCGAGAAGUUUUUGAUUGGGGUAGAUUAUUUAUCUGUCAAUUUCAUACAUUAAGAAUAUUUGGCAGAGAGGUAUGCCUAACAAAGAUGAAAAUCACUAAGGAACAAAAAGAGAAUGCUCUUCGGUGCCUGGACAAGAUGGUCAAAAGUUCGUGCUUAUGACAAUGCUCAUUCGCAAUUCAUUUCGACUGCUCCUGACGUAAUAAAAAAUUAUUUUAGAGACAAUUGGCAAAAUAUUACAGAUGAAUGGGUCAAAUUUAAAAUCUUUAACUUGAAUCUAAAAAAUUUAACAAACAAUAGAAUUGAAUCUCUGAAUGGAAAAUUAAAAAAUGAGAUUGGAACCUAUAGUAC